AGCAAUGUUUUAUCUCACAUAAACUAAUGUUGUUGUAUUCUAUGAUUAUCUUUGUUUUAAAUAGAGGGCAAAGGAGUCCGUAAUAAAUAAAAAUUAUUAGGUUUUGAAUUGAGUGCUCAGACGAUAAAAUGGAAGAAUUAGGAUUUCAAGAAAAAAUCGGGUUUAUUGGAGGAGGUAAUAUGGCGAAGGCAAUUUGUGAAGGUGUUGUCAGAAAAGGUUUAAUACGAUAUUCCCAAGUUUACGUAUCUGGUCCGAAUAUUCAAAAUCUGUUAUACUGGAAAGAGAAAGGUGCACAUGUGUAUACAGAAAAUGGUAGAGUAGUUCAAGAGGCAGAUAUAAUAUUUUUGGCCUUUAAGCCACACAUAUUGCCUACUGCAAUUGCUGGUGUAUAUGACACCCUUAAACAUCCUGUUAAAUCAAAGCUCUUUGUUUCUAUUUUGGCGGGUAUUCCGAUGAAACAGCUUGAAAAUGUUCUGUGCCCUUUAGAGGAGUGUGCGCGAAUAAUUCGGGUAAUGCCAAACACUCCAAUAAUGGUUGGUGAGGGUUGCACAGUAUUUUCUGCAGGUCCUAAGGCUUCUCCAUCUGAUAUUAGUCUGGUCAAAAAAAUGUUUGAAGUUUCUGGUGUUUGCCAGCAAGUUCCGGAAUCCCUUAUUAAUGCCAUUGGUGCUUUAGCUGGUAGUGGUCCGGCAUUUGUUUAUUUAAUACUAGAAGCCCUUGCUGAUGGUGGAGUCAAGCAAGGUGUUCCUAGAAAUCUUGCAGUUGAAUUUGCUGCGCAAACUGUAUUAGGCGCAGCUAAAAUGUCUUUGGAAUCAGGAAAACACACAGGACAAUUGAAGGAUGAAGUAUGUUCCGCUGGUGGAACCACCAUAGCUGGCAUCCAUAAACUUGAAUCUGGUGGAGUAAGAGGGGCCUUGAUGGAUGCAAUUGAAGCUGCAACAAAACGAUCACAGGAACUAGCUCAGGAGAAACACGGAUAAAUUCCAUUAAGAAAAUAAUUUAUCAGUGUAUUAUUAAUAGAACAUGUUUGUUAAACUGACUGUUAAUAAUCAAGCAAAACUUGCUAUUAGUUUGUUACAAAAUUUGUCCAAAUUUAUUGCAAUAAAAGAAAAAAAUGAAAG